AUGGGUCUUCUCCAAGAAAUCUACUGUCCGGAGCAGAUUGUUAUACCACAGGAUUUCCACAACACCCUGAAACAGUACGCCAAAGCGGUCAUUAGAACGCAGCCGUUUGAUUUAUUGCGGUGGUCUGCUGCUUAUUUCCGAUGUUUGGCUCUGAAUGUACGGCCCCCGGUGAAGCCUCGCUUCGAAUCAAUCGUGCGAAGUGGUGCUCUCACUAAAGGAAUUAUUCGUGUUCUAAUCGAUCAGCUCGGCAAAGGCUAUUACGUGCAAAAGAAGAUACUGCUGGAGAAGUGGGAAGGUUUAUGUCUUCCGGAAGAAGACUUAUUGAAUGUCCUGUCGCUGUUACGGAUGCUGAAUUGGUCCCAGCUACACUGGUUGAAGAUUGUUGCCGUGUUCAUUGGUCUGCUGUGUAACAAUCUUGCGGGAACCGCAGAAAUGAUCUGUGAAAUGCUGACCGAAGAUCCGGAUGGUGGUGCUGCCUCGGUGCCGCUCUGGAUGUUCCAAGAGUGCUUUGUUGCCGUGGCCGAUUUGGACUGCGGAACGGCGCAAAAGUUCGUCAACGGGCGGAAAGUUCUGGACGAAGAUACUGGCGCCCUGGAGGAGGAACAUUUACCGCCCACACUGCCGAAAGUUUUGUCAACAAUUUCAUUUAAAAAUGCCAUUAUUGACAAGUACCGCUCCGUGCUGGAGCAAGAACCCGAACGAGGCGCUGCACCACCCGGCUCUGGCAACGUCGAUGACAAUGGACAACUUUCCCAACCAUCAGCCGUUCCCUCGAGGCUGGAAUCUGACUUCAAGUUUCUAGGCGACGACACUGACGUGCACGAAGUGCUACGCCGUGCGCCCGAUUUCGAUAGCGUGAUUGUGCUUCUCAAGAAGCUCCGAACGGACGAGGCACAACAAAGUAUCAACGUGGCGAAAUUGUCAGAGGCCCAGCUUGACCGGACCCGAGAACGUUCUAGGCAAAUCGAAGACCUCAAGGCAACGCUCAGCGAGGAGGAAUAUUUCAAGCUGAAGGAACAGGAACGGCACGAACUACUGAAGGCAAUGGGCCCUCCCUGGCUGAUGUUGUAUCUCUUCUCGCAAGACUGCUCCCGAACUAGAUCGUUCAACUAUGUUGAACAAUCGUCCACGUCCAUCUCUGAUGGAUCGGUUUCGGUUUACUCGACGGAGAGCAUUGCUGAGGAUGAUUUCGAGGCGAGUCUCGGUAACGCGAUUGCGCCAGAACGUCGUCGGAAAUCAAGCUACUGCCUACCGGCGACUGUACGAGCCAGAAUGAGCGUCAGCGCCCACUCAGCCGCCGCCGUAGCGAACGAGGUACUCUCGAAAGUAGUGUGCGCAAUCGACCAGGCAAUUAUCGAUGGUGAGUGCGAACUGUCGGUGGGUUCGAUUUCCGAAUUCUUUGAGCAAAAAUCGAACGCCAGCGAUGACUUCCUAUCAGCGGCCGAUCACGAAAGGCUACAAUCUUUCCUGAAAGAGGCCGAAACCCGCGAACUUGCAGUUAACGAUCUCAACGAGCUGUAUAAUUUCUUUGUAAGCGAAAGCUUCAACUGUGCACUUCAGGGCAAUGGGCGCGCACAACCUGCCGACAAUACCCAGGAGAUUUUCCAUAUCUUUGGCGAAAGCGGCAUUGAGGUGGAUGCAAAUCUGUUGGAGGCAAAAAUAUCGGAUAACAUGAUUCUCGGGUUAGUCUCACCGCCUCCGAUAGACGAACCCGCACCAACUUCAUUGCCCGUUGUUGAACAACCAGAAAACAGUACGUCGGUGGCAAGCGAGAUAAACCGAUUCCUUGGUGCCGUGUCUCUUUCCCCACCGGUGGAAGUACCGGGCGUGCAGGAAGGAACGACUCAAACCGAACCCAUCGAGAUUGCCUGUCGGCAGCGUAAAAAGCCUUUCAUUCCAUCGGCAAAUGAACAUAUCGCGUACAAGUGCCAAAUUUCUCCAAUACCAGGCAUCGGUGCGCCGCUCGAUGUGCAACUUCGCGAUAGGUUAAUGGAAUAUCUGUCCCAGCGUGCAGCGGAGCAGCAAGGGCUGAUCUAUCCGCGCAAUUUCCGGGAGACAUUAUGCCCGAAAAUUGAUUAA